AUGAAUAGUGUAGCAAGCGGACUGGGUAGGAAGCCCUGUCCCGCCCUUUCUGAAAAGGCCCGCCGCAUCCUUGAUAACCUUUGCGACCACAGCUGCCGCAACUGCGUUGUCUGCAGCCGCAUCGUCGGGCAUCAGGGAACCGUGUCCGCUGCUGAGAUGGCGGAGGGCAAGAAGAGGAUUGUGGUGCCCCGACCCAUCGCUGUGACGGAUCGUAUGAACGAGGUCUCGGAAGAUCCAACCAUGCGUCCUUCGCAGCCGCCUGGCCAGGCUCUGGCUCUUGUCAUCAAGGGUCUCGAGGAUGAGGCUGCCCACUUGAGUAUGGAACUGACGAAGCUUCAAGCGCUGUACAACCUCAGCGACAAGUCCCACGGCAAGCGGGACCGUCGCGAGCUCGCUGCUGAUAUCCAGAGCAUGCUAAAGAAGCUCGAGGUCAAGAAUGAUCAAAUCUAUGCCCUCUACGAUGUUCUCGAGGGCCAGAAACAAGCAGGCCAGGAGAUGAGCGAGAACGAGCUCGAGAUGACAAUCUAUAGCAUCACCGGCAUGACGGUCAGGAGGUCACGGACAACAUCACCUGGAACGGAGGAUCGGGAGAGAGAGCCCGCGGUGGCCGGGCGGGUUGGAGUACGGGGUUUUGUGCGAGUGUGGUGGCUAUCUCUUGUCCAGAAUGACACAUUGGAGGCAUCGUAUCGGGUGUACUAG